AUGCCCAGAAGACCAUUGACAGAUGAACAACGAGAACAAUCUAGAAAACGUCGCUUAGAACGUGACCGUGAACGACAACGGAAAAGGCGUUUAGAUCCAGAGUUAAGAGCAAUUGAACGAGGAAAAAACACGAUAGCUAAAAGACUAUCUAGAUCUAAAGGGCUUUAUAGUGAUAACAUUGAAAAAUUAUGUUCUGAAGCUAAUAUUGAUUGUAGUAAAAUCACAUCAUUGUUAAAUAAUGAAGAUAAUGUAGAUUUGGAAGAUCUCAAUCGAUUAAAAAAAGAAAGAGAUAAAGAAAGACAACGCCAAAGAAGAAUGGAUCCUGAAUUCCGUGCUAAAGAACGUGCAAGAAAUAGAAUAUUGAAAAGGAUUGCUCGACAAAAAAGUUUUUAUACUUUAGAGGUAUUAAAUUGUGAAUGCUGUGGAGAACCAAUAGAAAGUGACCAUGUAUGUUUUUCCAACAUAUUAUCAGUCGAACUCCACGAAAUUGAUGUUACCAAUAGUACCAUAAAAAAAGUCAUGAAUGGUACUAUGAAUGAUAGCUAA